AUGCUGGAUAAGGCCACCCUGCUCCUCUUGCUGCAUUUAGUGGCGUGCUCCAUCUCCUCUCCGCUCUACCCAGCUCUCAGGUACAAAACUGGGUCUGUGCCUGGCAAGGCCACAAACUUCCAGCUGCAGGACCAGAGCCCCUUGCAGAGCCACAACCGCUCGGUGGAGGACCAGGACGGGGAGGGUUUGCUAGCAGACCCCGCCGAGAAGAGGAUGCAGCGUCACGCUGAUGCCAUAUUCACUGACAACUACCGCAAAUUCCUGGGGCAGAUUUCCGCGCGGAAAUUCUUACAGACCAUCAUUGGCAAGCGGCUUGGCGGCGGCGAGAGCGGCGCAGGGGAAGGGGUGCCCGGGCUGCUGACGCGGCGCCAGUCGGACAGCAUCCUCAUGGACAGCAGCUGCCACCAGCGCAUGGUGUUAAGGGACUUCCUGGGGGCAGCAGGAAUAAGACAUCACAGGCCCCAGGACAUCGACAGCAGUCACUUAGAAGGCUUUCCCAGCACCCUGGCUAAGCUCAUGGACAACACGCUGCACGACCACAUGUGGAGCAGCCUGUGGACCCACCAACCUGGGGCCUUACCUGCUCUGAACCAAAAGGAGUGA